UUAAACGGCAAUGCAUUCUGGGUAAAUGACAUAAGCUACGUGUUGUAGCUUUAUCUCUGUCCAGCCAAAUCACACUGAGUGAGGUUAAAUCGUGUCAUUUUGAACUGGAAUACAUUAAAAACGAUGAGAAUGUAGAAAUCAAAAGAGGCGAUGAAGACUAGGUGGAGCAAAAAGAGGAAGGAGGGAAAGUUGGAUGAAGAAGCUGCUGUUUGCAUAGCUGCUGCAAGGAAACGCUAACCCAGCUAGGUUCCAGCCACUGACGUCACAUGCCGCCAUCUUGAUACUCCCUGCUCUCACAGAGUGAACUUUAAACAUGCCGACCUGUGUCGCAUUUGGCUGCAACAACAAGCAGUUUUCUGGCUGUGGGAAGACGUUUCACAGAUUUCCACACAGUGAUGCUGCACGGAUGGAACAGUGGGUGCAGAAUGUGAGAAGGAAAAAGUGGCAGCCAUCCAAGAAAUCUGUGCUUUGCUCGGAGCAUUUUAAGGAGGCAUGCUUUGACCACACUGGCCAGACGGUCCGACUCAGGGAAAGUGCAGUUCCAACCUUAUUCAACUUCCCAAAGUGUAUUCAGAAGACUCCAAAGCCUCCCAGGAAAGAUCCGGCGCCCAGACAGAUAAAACCAGAACCAACACCGGCUCCGCAUCCUGACCAGGAGGAAGGAAGUUCCUCGUGCACGACAGGGGAUGCAGUAGUGCAGAAAGAACACGUUUACUCCAUGAGUGAUAGUCCCAUCAUCUUAAAAAGGAAGCUAGAUGUGGCUUUGAACGCCCUGGAAUCAACAAAGAAAAAACUGAAGUACACGCAGCAGAAAUCGAGGCGACUGGAGGAGAAAAUUGAAUCACUGAAAAGGUUGUUGAUAAACUGAAAAAGAGACGAUUAAAUUCAGACAACUGUGUUGAACUCCUGAAAGAUGCAAACAGCGGUGUUCCAUUGGAGGUUAUGGGCAGAGUGGUGAAGAACAAAUGUAAGCAAACACCAUUUUGAUAUUUUUUUUAUUAUGUUACUGGAAUGUAAGUUAUUUUCUGGAAUAUACUUUAUGUACAUAUGUAUGUAUAUUUCAUUCUGAAUAUGAACUAAAUGUGCAACUUACAUUAUUAAAGGUGUUCCAUCACUGGAUAAUGUGUAUGUUUGUGUACAUGUGUGCAUACAUACUUGUAUCUAUACUAUAUGCAAAUUCUCAAAUUGUUGUAAUAUGAGCAGAAAGCAAAAUUUGAAUUUGAUGUUUUCUGCUAUUUUGCCAAUUUAUGUGAUAUUGUUAGUGUAGAAACUAAACUAUGUGCAGUUAUUAAAUUGGAUCAUUAA